AUGUCUACCGAACGUAAUGAAAAAUACCCCGGUUAUAAAGAACUUAUCUCAUAUUUGAAUCAAAGCGGAAAGAAAUCUUUUUACUACUUUUUGCGUCAUUAUCGAGACGUGAUUGUUGCCAACACUUCAGCUACUUCUCGCGAACAGGAUCUCGAAGGUACCUGGGUCGGUAAUUUCUUACUAGAAGCAAGAAAGCUCGGUAAAGAUUUAGAAGAAAUG